AUGAGAAAUUCUGACGAUUACGAUUAUCAAUAUAAAAUAGUUAUCAUAGGGGAUUCAGGAGUUGGUAAAACUAACAUUAUGACUCAAUUUACAAGAGGAGAAUUCUCAGAAGAAACUAAAACUACAGUUGGUGUGGAAUUUGCCAAUAAAUAGCUAGUUAUAGACGAUAAAAUCAUCAAAGCGUAAUUAUGGGAUACAGCUGGAUAGGAACGUUAUCGAGCCAUCAUCUCAUCCUAUUAUAAAGGUGCAUCCGGAGCUUUAAUUGUUUUUGAUAUUACAAAAUAAUCUACAUUUGAUAAUGUGGAUCGGUGGAUGAAGGAGGUUCAAGAAAGCACUUCAAAUGAGAUAUCAAUCAUUUUGGUUGGGAAUAAAUCUGAUCUCAGACAUUUAAGAUAGGUCUCUUCAGAUGUUUCAUCUGCCUAUGCUUCCAAACACAAGAUUGCCUUCCUUGAAACCAGUGCUAAGGAUGGAGCGAAUGUUAAUGAGGCGUUUAACAAACUCAUCAAUGAAAUUCAUUCUAAAAAUAAAAACAAUUCUAUCUACACUCAAAAGAAAACUAAUUAAUAAAUCACAGAAGCAGUCCAAAUUGAUAGUCAAAAGGAUUCUGGUUGCUGUUGAUGAAUAUCAUCUAUUAUAUUUAAAUUAUAUAUUUUAUUCUUGCUUA